CCGUACUCCUCAACAGGUUAAUGGAACAGACGGAUAGAUAGAUUUACGCACGCGAAACCUGUGAAUUCGAAUUCAAAUUCAACCGAACCUUAGUUGCCCUUAUCAACAUAAUAUGUUUUUCCCUGGCUUUUCCCGACAUGGAGUGGACCAGAGGAAAUGUAACGUAGCCUAAGCGUAAACGAGUUAUGAUUUACGUGUCUGAGUUGUGGCACUUCUCAGAGCAGCCCCCAGCGUUUCGUGUGCUGAAGCCAUGGUGGGAUGUCUUCACCGACAUCCUGUCCUUCAUCAUGAUUCUGAUAGCAGUGUCUGGUUGCACCGUUCAGGUGAUGGAUGACAGAAUGUACUGUCUUCCUCAGAGAAGUCCGACAUGUCCGCUGACCAUGAAUCACGACACAGCUGAAUGCUGCAACUCCUCCUCAAUCUCGCCCACGGCAUCAGAUCUGGAGAGCAAGGGUGUGGACAACAACCUGGACCUGAUGCAGUAUAAGUUCAUUCACAAGAUCUGCUACCAGACGAGCCUCCACUGGUUCCCCAAGGUCUUUCCCUACAUAGUGCUUAUGCAGACCAUCGUCUUCAUCGUGUGCAGCAACUUCUGGUUCAAGUUCCCCGAGUCCAGCUCCAAAAUCGAACACUUUGUCUCCAUCUUGGGGAAGUGCUUUGAGUCGCCCUGGACUACCCGGGCCUUGUCUGAGGUGUCAGGAGAGCAUCUGGAGGACAAGGAGGCUUCCCCCGGGGACAUCAACCUGGUCAAUAGCCAGUCUGUGUCUUCCACACAAAGCAAGAUUGUGAUGGACAAACCGGCGGCAGGCAGCGUCUUGGACAAGAAGGAGUGUGAGCAAGCAAAGGCCCUUUUCGAGCGGAUCAAGAAGUUCCGGCUGCACGUGGAGGAAAGCAACCUGCUCUCCAAGACAUACAUUCGCCAGACUAUCAUGAAGGUGUUCAUGUUCAUCUUCAUCAUUGUUUCAAACGGUGCCCUCGUCCCCAAGAUAAGCAUCAUCAUCACCUGUAACGUGGAUAUUCAGGACAUGACUGGGUACAAGUUCUUUUGCUGCAUUCACAACAUGGCUGGCGUGUUCAUCAAAUUGUCUUACUUCUAUCUCUUCAUUGUGGUCAUAUGUGGCGCCAUAUGCCUUUACACUACCUACUGGCUCUUCCACCGCUCUCUGAAAGAGUACUCUUUUGAUUAUGUGCGCAAGGAGACUGGGGUCAACGACAUCCCGGACGUGAGGAACGACUUUGCCUUUCUGCUGCACAUGAUGGACCAGUACGACCAGCUCUACUCCAAGCGCUUCGCCAUAUUCCUGUCCGAGGUGACGGAGAACAAGCUGCGGCAGCUCAACCUGAACCACGUGUGGUCGGUUGAAAAGCUUCGCCGGCGGCUGCAGACCAAUGCCAGUGGCCGCCUGGAGCUCCAGCUGAUCAUGCUCCCGGGCCUGCCGGACGCCCUCUUUGAGCUGGCUGAGCUGCAGGCCAUCAAGAUGGAGCUCAUCAACAACGUCACCAUCCCGGCCGCCAUUGAGCAGUUGGAGGAACUUAAGGAGCUGUCCCUGUACCAGUGCUCGCUGAGGGUGGACACGGCUGCCCUGCCUUUCCUGAAAGCCAACCUGAAGGUGUUACGGGUGUGGUUUGUAGGCGCCCACGAGCUUCCCUAUUGGUUGUACGUGCUGAGGAACCUGGAAGAGCUCCACCUGAUUGGCUCACUGCGUCCCAGCGCCUCUAGAAUCAUUACGCUGGAGUCGCUGCAGGAGCUGAGGUGCCUGAAGACUCUGUUGCUCAAGAGCAAUGUCACCAAGAUCCCUCAGGCCAUAGUGGACGUGUCCAGCCACCUCCAGAGGCUGUACGUCCACAACGACGGCACCAAGCUGGUCACGCUGAACAGUCUGAAGAAGAUGGUGAGUCUGAGUGAGCUGGAGCUCGUGCACUGUGACCUCGAGUGCAUCCCGUACGCCAUCUUCAGCCUGGUCAACCUGCAGUCGCUGGACCUGAGGGAGAACAAGCUGGCUUCCAUCGAGGGGAUCGUCAGCUUCCAACACCUGCCCAAGUUCACCUGCCUGAAGCUGUGGCACAACAGCAUCGCACAGAUCCCCGAGCACAUCAAGAAACUGGUCAACUUGGAGAGGCUCUUCUUCAGCUUUAACAAGAUCGAGGUCCUGCCUGUUAACUUGUUCUGUUGCAGCAAGCUGUUGUACUUGGACCUGUCCCACAACGACAUCAGCUUCAUCCCUCCUGAGAUUAGGUUUCUGCAGAACCUUCAGUACCUCUCGGUCACAUCUAACAAGAUAACCACCGUCCCCGAUGAGCUUUUCUUAUGCAGGAAGCUGAACACGCUCAAGCUGGGCAACAACGCCCUGUCUGUGCUCUCAUCAAAGAUUUCCGACCUGGAUAUGUUGACUUGUCUAGAGCUGAAAGGAAACCACUUGGUAGCCCUGCCUAGUGAGUUGGGCAGCUGUCCGCUUCUAAAGCGCUGUGGUCUGCUAGUGGAGUAUGCACUUUUUGAGACACUGCCCUUAGAUGUGAGGGAAAAAAUGACUUCAGAGUGAAUGGGCAUUUUUGACACUUCAGUGCAUUCCAAUCCUGUGCUGUCCAGGGCAUGUUUAGACGUCAUAGAGUUCAUAUGUUAUGGUGGCUAUAGCAGCACUAAUGGAGAAGUAAACCUAUAUGCUUAUGCUUGCCCUGGCAGGAGAUACCCUCAGAAUAUAUGUUAUGGUGCAAACUAUGUGAAUGGCAGCUUCAGUAAGCAUGUGUUUUAUGUGAUUUAUUAUUACUGGAAAUGACCAAGUUGGUGACGGCUACAUAUGUUAUACUGAUUAUUUUAGCUUACAAUUUGGCAAUACAAUUUAUGUCUUUUGUCCUUGUAAUCACAAGCAUACCUGGGUCAUUCCGUGCCAUAUAACGGAAGACCGGGUUGUUAUAUUUUCGUCCCCAUAUUUAUGAAGUAAGAUGUUGGAUAUUACAGAUUAUUCUGAACCACAGGUGGGUCAUUCCGUGCCUCCCGCCUGACCAUUUUGGAUUUGCUUUAUACUUAUAGGUCAAUAAUGUUAUUAUACCCAGCAACAACUGUGCAAAAGUUUAAGCAUGUACCUAUUUCAUUGUCUGAGACAUGGAAGCUUAAAAAACAGGCUCACAAAAUGUUGUUUUUUAAAAGACUAAGUUCCUUCGGUCAUUACUUUUGAACGAUUCAAGCUAGAUUCUUGACAUUUUCAGGGAGUAUUCUACACUGUUAAUUGUCUUCAACUUCUAAAAUAAUUGCCCUACAGUUGAAUAUUUGUCAAGCUAUGACCUGCUGAAUAUUGCAUUUAUGAAAAAUGUAAGUGUGUUUUGAUCCCAAUAUCUUUACAAUGAAUCCCAUCAGAAGUUUUGAAUUUAUUUAUAUAAUACUACUGUUUUAGUACUUCCUUACCAACUAGGUGCAUGUCCAAAAGAAAUGAAAAUAUCUCAUUUAUAGAGCAUCAAACAUGAAAAAAAAAACUUCAUACCUAAUUUUCAAGUGCAUAUUCCCCAUAUAUGACAAAGUCUAUCACAAAAACAAUCAUACUGUAGCACCGGAAAUACAUUAAUAUCUUUUCAUUAGUAGGCCUACAUGCUCAAAAUAUUGUGUUGGUACCUUGACUCAAACUAUAUCAAUUAAGGUAUCAAACAUGGUUUUCAGUGCUGAGGGUGAUUGAUUUUUUUCCUGGCUUCCUAUGGACAUUUGACUUAUACCAUGUGCUGAUUUUCGCUCCUUGUCUCUCUGUCUCCACCGCUCACCUGAAUCUGCUUAUUAGCAUAAUCAUUGUCUCACCUGUUCACCUGUUAUUUAGCCACUUUCUGGUUUGGCAAUUUCUUCACUUGUACGUUGUGAAUUCAAAGCCAAUGUGUAUACGGUUUACAGUUAAAUAUUGUUUUAGGAUUAGACAGGGCAAGGCAAAAGCAUUUCCUUCAUCACUGGAACUAUUUAAAAUACAUUCCAGAGGCUUUUUCAGAGGUGUUAGGGGGCUGAAAGGUCAAAUGUCAAGAAAAUGUUGUUAGAGUUGUGCAGCUGUCAACUGAUAUUCUGAGAGAUUACCAUUGUAUGCUAUACUUCUUCAUGGGCAAUGAGAUAAACAAGCCACUGUACACAAGCUCUUCACAUC